CCCUUCAACUUCAACACAUCAUGAUUUCUGUAGCUCUGCUGCUGCUGUUGGCAGCUGGAUCCUGUGUGAAGUGUGACACACUGACACAGCCAGCCUCCAUGACUGUACAGCCAGGUCAACAUCUGACCAUCACCUGUCAGGUUUCUUAUUCUUUGAGCAGCUACUACACACACUGGAUCAGACAGCCUGCAGGGAAAGGACUGGAGUGGAUUAGUAGGGACACAACUGUCAAAGAUUCAUUAAACAACAGGUUCAGUGUAAAUUUAGACUCUUCCAGCAAAACAGUAACUCUAAAUGGACAGAAUAUGCAGCCUGAAGACACAGCUGUGUAUUACUGUGCGAGAGAGGCACACUUUAUCUACGGCUUCUACUUCGACCACUUUGGUUCUGGGACUAAAGUUUAUGUAACAGAUGAGCAGAUUGUGAAGCCCGUGGUGAGCGUGUACCCAGCAGCAUCCAGAGUCCAGGGGAAGAGCGUCCUUCUGUGUCUGGCCUCAGACAUGUUUCCUCCUCUGUUCCGGUUCUCCUGGAAAAGACACAAUGAAGACGGGUCUAUAGAGGAGCUCCGUCCUGCUGAUGGAGACCUGCUGCAGAUCACAGAGUCGGGACGCUCCGCUGCCAUCUUGUUGGUCCAUCAGCAAGAGAACAGCAGAUAUAAAUACAGCUGCUACGUCAACCACUAUGGAGAAAUAGUGGAGGCCCAAACACAACAUGGUAAUGAAGGCUUGAUGACCGGGAUCAUCAGAGAUUUAACUUUAUGUAAACAUCAGGAGCAGAAGACGAACAUUUCUCACUUACACCUCCCAAUCUUAAAUUUCUUUUCUGUUUCAAAGCUUCACAUACUGCUUCUCUGUUCUUGCAGAGUACAUACAGGCCUUUAAACCCACUGUAAACUACCUGCUCCCCACCAAACAUCACACAGGCCAUAAUAUGUCAGAGAUCAAGAUAAAAAUACAUCAAUCAACUUCAGCUCAUAAUAAGCUGUGUCUUUAUAUUGGAACCUUAUUUUGUAUUCUUAUCAAUAAAUUAGUGAUUCAAGAAUGAUAAUGUGUUUGUGUGUGUGUGUGUGUGUGUGUGUGUGUGUGUGUGGGUGUGUGUGUGUGUGUGUGUGUGUCAGUGUCAGUGUCAGUGUCAGUGUCCUUCCAGUCUGAGUUCAGGGUGAAGCUGCUCUGCUUGCUGUACACAGUGCUGACAGUGAAGAGUCUGGUGUACUGUUGUGGACUGCUGAUGAUGGUCAGAAACAAGGAACCAUCCACCAA